GUCACGAUGUAUACCAGCGAUCAGGAAGUCCAGCAAACGUUGUUCUGGAUAUACGCCGUCCUGGCGGGAAACAGUAUACUGAUAUACGACCAUAUGGUGACCCUACAAGAAGAAAUCACUUUUAUCUGGCGUCGCCCGAAAGCAUUAUCUGCAAUUUUAUUUCUGCUCAAUCGCUAUGUCGCUCUCCUCAGCAAUAUCUGUGGCUUGAUUAAAGAUUUUGUACCUGUUUCAAACGAGAGCUGUUCGAAAUAUGCGCUAUACAGACAACUGGCCGUUUUCCUCCAAACAGCGAUCGUUUGUAACAUAAUGGUCAUUCGCACUUAUGCUCUCUACGGCUGUAGCAAGCGCCUGCUUGCUUGGAUGGUAAUCGUCACGAUUGCUCUUACGGGAAUAGCUUGCGCGGGCACUUUUGGACAAUUUUCAGGCGAUAUCGAAGUCGUGCCAGGGCUUGGCUGCAAUGAAACAUUUUCAAAAUCGAUAGCUGCCCGAAUCGGGCUAGCAUAUGUGGCUUUAUUCGUCUUCGAUUUAAUCAUCUUCAUCCUGACAGUGCACAGGAUCUGCAAAGCCAAAAAUUUGCUGCGGUUAUCGUUGGUCAGUAGGAACAAUAUCAUUGAUAUCAUAUUUUGCGAUGGUGUGAUGUUUUUCGGAGCGAUAACACUGUCCAAUAUACUGAACAUCCUGACAUACUACAUUGGUUCAGUCCACCUCAGAGGCAGUCUAUCCACAUUUACUGGUUGCCUGUCCGUUACUCUCAUAUCUCGGCUGAUGCUUAACCUGCAUCAGACUGUCGACACUGGCGUUCUCUCGACUCCAGUUCAGGACGAGGGCCCUGGGCUCCCUGUCCUUACUACUAGGAUCAGCGUAGAAUCUGUGAUUUCCUCUCACUACUAGUAUGCUGGUAUUGAAUUAUGUUUCUGGAUGCAGGGGUUCCUGUUUAGAACAGAAAGCUGGCGCUGGCGGUCAUGGGUGCUUAAUGUAUGUAGAACUCAUAAUUAUCGUUCCUAUGUAGAUAUGCUAAUCAUCGACUAAUUAUCUUACAUACUUGUCUGUAAUGCGAUACUUUCACAUAUGUAGUGUUUACACAGAUCCUAGCACUGACUGGAC